AUGCUGGUCCAAGAGAUGGUCUUGAACAACGACUCGAACCGGUCCCAAGAUAUCUACGAACGCCACUUUGCUCCCAUGAAGUCAUUCAAGUCGGACAUUCCGUUUUCUCUGGCCACCCCUCGAAAGCAUGCUCCUUUGGUGGCCUCCGUCGCAGACCUAACCGACACGGACGGGCAAUCGGUCGGUGUCAUCACAAUCAAGGCGACGGACUCCCUACCACCGGAGACGGGCAGCGCUGUCUGUGAAACGGUGUGUCAUGGCCUAGAAGCCCAGAAGAGUCUAGGAAAGCCCAAGGUGUCGCUGAACGACCUCCCUCUUGAACUCCAGGGCAAGGUGCUCGACUUCAUCUUUGGGGACAUGCAUUCUGUAUAUGCGGCCAGCACGUCAUUACGAGGGAAGAGCGUGUCUUCCCUCAUGCGGCAUCCACGUCGGAAAGCAGUAUCGGAUUUGGCUUUGGUCUCGUCCGCAUGGCGCGACUUGGUUCAGGAACGAAUAUACAGGCACAUCAAACUCAAAGGCACUCGUGCUGGACUGGCAGAUUCGGAGGAGUUCUUCGUCAACCAUAUGCAUCUGACGAAGUUGGUGCGCCACAUCGAAUUCUGGGUACCUGUCUGGGGAGACAAGGCAUCAUCCGUAGACACUCGUUCUAUGGGGUCGGUCAUGCAAGGGCCUGAAUGGAAUGGGUAUUUUCACCUCCCCGACCAGACAAAUGAGAGCCUCGUCCCUGCGAAUGACUUUUUGGGAUAUGGCUUCAAGCUAAGCGCCUACUCGGCAACGCUUUCCGAAAUCUUUAGCCACAUCAGUUGUUUCUUCCCUAACUCGCGCGUCUUCACUCUCGAAGGUGGUCACUGCAAAAAAUCCAACAUGAUUCGACAUUUUCCGCAAACGCUGUUCCCGGACCCGAAUCAGAGUCUCGAGAAAUUGCCCAACAUUCGGACAUUCGCUAUGCGCGGAGCUUGGAAUAUCAUGCGGAAACACGCUCACUGGAGGACGAUUGAGUCUGCCUUGCCAAAUGUGGAGGAAUGGCACUGUGGCUACGCAAAGCCACGGAUCGAGGCGGAUGCUACUAUCAACAGCAUUUUACAACAUCUGCCGUCGCAGCUCCGCCACGUUAACAUAUCUCUUGACGGAAUGUACAGUAAAGAUCCGCUGACAGUCGGAUCGAGCUACACUCCAGGGCAACCGCAUUUAUGCGAGCGAUUAGGUCGAGUACUUCCCCACCUGGAGUCGUUGACUUUCACGGGUAAAAUCUGCGAAUGUCUGUGGACUUCGGCCUUUUCGGCGCUUUCCGAUCUGAAGCAUGAGCCACGGCUCAAGGCGGUGGAAAUCGUCGUCAAAUCCUGCUGCCGUCAACGUGUCACGGAUAUCGACCCAGAGACAGGCGAGACGAUUGUGCAUGAACUCGGCGGCGUGAUGGCCGACGGGGCCGGCAUCACCAACCUUGUCUUCAUCCGGGCGUUUGAGCGUUUGGUGCUGCAUGCCGUCGAGGCGUUGUCACGCUUUCCCCAUCUCAACUACGUCCGCAUUCGGUUCAUCGAUCUCGACUCCCCAUGUACGCUGCUCAACCCGUACUGGCAACUGGAGAAUGGCAAGGUGUAUGGAAUCUGGAGUGAAGAGAUCGUCGAGCGCCUCAGUGAAGUGAAGCCAGAGGUCGAGUACGAAGAGCUGGGUGACGGGAUCGAGUAUGCCGGGUACCACCGAAAACCCAGUCCCACGGCCGUGACUGGGCUGGGCAGUGACCCAACGGACGGCGCGCGUGGCGCGACUCCAAGUCCAAGCGUCGUGGCCGGACUUGGAUCUGGAUGCAGUCUCUACCCGAAGCUGAAGCCGCGCAGUAUCAAGACGACUAGCUACAAGGUCGUCGCCGACGCCAGGGGUAGCUGA